UGGAAAUGACGAUUUUGUAAUUUUGUAAACAAAUCCAACUCGUCGUCUAUAAAAUAAAAUAAUUUAAAUUUUGUUUGAAAAAUGAAUCAACCUAUGGAGUUAGAUGUUUGGAAAGGAGAUUGGGGACUUACCUCAAUUGAUAUGGAAUGCCUGCGCCUAAUAACCCUGUGCAAAUUUGCUGGCGCAACUGUGAAUGUUAAUGCCAAAAGGCAUGCACUAACCACCCCUAAAGGUCGUUUACCAGUUUUUCGGCACUAUAAGCACACGUUCACAACAUAUGAGGAGGUUUCAAACUAUUUACUAACAAAGAAUCUCAGUCCGGACCACGGGCUUACAGAAAAACAGAAAGCUGAUAUAGUGGCUUUUACAAUGUUCCUACAAGACCACCUCGAUCCAGCUCUUCAUUAUGUUUGGUGGGUAGAUCAGCGUAACAGAGACAACCUAACCCGCAAGUGGUGGGCAAACACUCUGCCGUUCCCUCUGGGUAUGAUCCUGCCCAACUGGUACUACAGUGCAGCAGUCAAAGCCGUCGAGGCUCUCUACCCGGACAUAGAAUCUGAACAAGUGCUGGAGAAAGAGAUCUACGACCGGGCCUGUAGGUGUUUAACCACCAUCUCCCAGAGGUUGGGUUCACAAGAGUUCAUGUUCGGUGCUCAUCCUACUUCCAUUGACGCCACGUUGUUCGCCUACCUCGCCCCUCUAGUCAAGACCCCGUUCCCCUCCAGCUACCUCAAGAACCAGGUGAUCGGCCACAACAACCUCCUCAAGUACGUCACCAGGAUAUCGCAGAGAUACUUUGCAUCCGAAAAUCAAGAAUUCGAGGCUGAGAAGCAGAAGAAGAGUUGCUGCCAGCCAGGCCAAGCAGACGACAAUCCUCACAAAGUGCGCAACCAGGUCCUAGCUGGUGUGUUCGCGGUGUUAGCCAUGGGUACAUACGCCAUCACCACAGGCCUGGUACAGAUUCCAAGCAAUUGGUUAUGGGGUGUUAAAAAACCCCCCAAAACCAUCCGAAUUCCAGUUCGUUAUGCUGUCUGAAGGUUGAAGGAGCUACAUCGCAGGCUGGAGGUAACCUAGCGGAUACUGAAGACGAUGACUACUGACCAAUCUCACACUUAGCCGCAAACUACUAGCCACAAGACUGCCUCUUACUUAAUUAUUGUUAUUAGUGAUCUGUUUAUGUUACAUUUUCAAUAAAGCGCUAUCAAACCAA